GUGUGAAUGACAUCAUUUCUGUGAGAAGUGCGCUGGGAUACAAACAAGGGAGGCUGCUGCUCGCUAGCCCGCUAAUGCAAGUAGGUCAAUCCAUGUGCUGAGAUAUGAAAUCAAGGAUUUAAAAAUCUGAGGAGGAAAGCAGUGGUUGGAAUUACAUUUGUGAUGAGACCUUUAAAAUUACGCUUGCACUCUUCGCUGUCCAGGGUCCUGUCUUACGAGCGCAAGCCUGUCGACCAGCCUCACUUUUCCACCACCGUCACGUUAGGCUGCUUUUAAGGAAGGAAUUAUGGAGUUACGUGUUGGGAGUAAAUACCGUCUUGGGCGAAAGAUUGGAAGUGGCUCCUUUGGUGACAUUUACUUAGGUGCAAACAUCACGUCAGGAGAGGAGGUAGCCAUUAAACUGGAGAGCGUGAAGACUAAACAUCCACAGUUACAUAUUGAGAGCAAGUUCUAUAAGAUGAUGCAAGGUGGAGUGGGUAUUCCCUCGAUCAAAUGGUGUGGUGCUGAAGGGGACUACAAUGUCAUGGUGAUGGAGCUCCUGGGUCCAAGCUUGGAAGAUCUGUUCAACUUCUGCUCAAGGAAAUUCACACUUAAAACAGUCCUGCUCCUGGCAGACCAGAUGAUAAGCAGAAUCGAGUACAUUCACUCCAAGAACUUCAUUCACAGAGACAUUAAACCUGAUAAUUUCCUGAUGGGGCUUGGCAAGAAGGGAAACCUGGUCUACAUCAUAGACUUCGGCUUGGCCAAAAAGUAUCGUGACGCCCGAACACAUCAGCACAUCCCGUAUCGUGAGAACAAGAACUUGACUGGCACUGCCCGCUAUGCCUCCAUUAACACUCAUUUGGGCAUUGAGCAAUCUCGACGAGAUGAUCUAGAGUCCCUUGGCUAUGUGCUCAUGUACUUUAACCUGGGUUCUCUGCCCUGGCAAGGCCUCAAAGCCGCCACUAAAAGACAAAAGUAUGAGCGAAUCAGUGAGAAAAAGAUGUCAACCCCCAUUGAGGUUCUUUGCAAGGGCUAUCCAUCUGAAUUUUCGACCUACAUGAACAUCUGCCGCUCUCUCCGGUUUGAUGACAAACCUGACUACUCGUACCUGAGACAGCUGUUCAGGAAUCUUUUCCACAGACAGGGAUUUUCAUACGACUAUGUGUUUGACUGGAACAUGCUGAAAUUUGGCUCCAGCAGGACAGCUGAAGAUAAAGAGAAGGAGCAGAGGGGAGAGGGAGAGGAGAGGGAUGAGAGGACCGGAGGCGGACCGCCGGGUUCUGCGGCUCGUGCUUUGCCUUCUGGCCCCAACCUCCCGGCCCCUAACAGGGUCCGCAACGGCCCAGACCCCGCCAGCUCAACACCUGCCUCCCGCGUGCCACAGUCUGGGAACGCAUCUCCAAGAGCAGGCCGAGGAGCUGAGCGGGAAAGGAGAGUGUGUUUAAGGCUGCACCGUGGCGCUCCUGCCAACGCCUCCCCUGACCUCCCUCUCCGUCACGAUCAGAUUCGCAUCACCCCCCCACAGGUCAGCGUUCCAUUCGAACACAUGGGGAAGUGAGUUCUGCAAGGUCUGUCAUUUAUUGUCUUUAGGAGAGGCAAGAAGAAGAAAGAAAGGAACCACAUUUUUGUAAUGGACAAAGUGCUCCCCGUCCUCACGAACUGCAGGUUGUUGCUGUUGGAAUGAGACAUCGAUGAUACAAACGCAUGUGGACAGUGGAUAGAUAUAGUUUUACGAGGAUCACAAGACUCAAACAGUGGAAGUGGAAAAGAGAAUUUUUACCUGCGUCCCGAUGAAGGCUCUGGUUGUUCUCUGUUUUGUCUGAAAUGCUGGAAAUAAAGGACUCGCUUGAUGGACUGUAAAGUUAUAAAAUUGAAUAUUGAUAGAGUGUAACAAAUGUAUCGCUUGCAGAAAAAGUGUUUUAUGUUGACACCUUACUGAUGUAUGAGGUUUCGUGGAACCAUCUUUUCCAUGUUAAUUAUUAAAUACGCAAAAGUUACAAAUUUCCAAGAAUGUUGUUUCCAGUCAAACUGGUGUCUGAACUGUAGACAUCACUGAAUGGGUGUUUCAGGAUUGUACAUUGAAUAG